AUGCAACUGGCUGUGACAAGGAUAGACACAAUUGACAGGUGUUCAGACAUAUUCGCAUCACUUCAUUAUGCAAUACCCUUUCUUGUUCAUUAUCUAUCUAUCUAUCUAUCUAUCUAUCUAUCUAUCUAUCUAUCUAUGUCUGAUAUGUAUGAAUAUACAUCUAUCUAUGCCCGUUUCUACUAUAAUUAUAUCUAUCUCUCUAUCCAUCUAUCUAUGUCUGUUUCUACUCUCUGUAUUAUAUCUGUGUCUGUGUUUUUCUUUCUAACUAUCUAUCUAUCUAUCUAUCUAUCUAUCUAUCUAUCUAUCUAUCUAUCUAUCUCUCUGUAUCCAUCUAUAUGUAUGCCUAUCUAUCUAUCUAUCUAUCUAUCUAUCUAUCUAUCUACUAUCAGAGGCUAUUCAUUACUUCCCCCCUCUAUUACAUUCCGUUCAUGUCUAUCUAACUUGAUGCCUCCAUCCCUUUCUCUUUUUUGUCGUUUUUCUUUUUUCUUUCUUUCUUUCUUUCUUUCUUUCUUUCUUUCUUUCUUUCUUUCUCUUUAA